AUGGAAGAUGCUCAAUAUAGUCAUCAGGAAGAUCUUAUCAAGAAUUACUGGGAGGAAUUAGAACUAGCUGCCUAUAGAGAUAAACAAUCAAAGGCGAAGAACAAGAAGGAAAAUCCUGAUACCUGCAAGCCAGAUGAAGAAGUUGACAACGAUGACGAUGACGAUGAUAGUGAAUACACUUCCUUCGAUUUCUACUCGAUUGAGGAGUUCGGGGAGAAAGAAGAGUGGUAUAGAUGGUUUGGAUCUGAGGAAUUAAUUAGGUGGAAAACGGUCAAUGAUGAAAUUGUUGGGAAGAAGCAAAGCAAGAGUAGAGGGAAGAAGUAG